CAGCAACAGAUGGAAGGCUGAGCGAGUGAGCGAGAAAGAGAGAGAGAAUGAGAUCCGGCGAGAUGGAUACGUUGUAACUUCAGAAAAUGACUGAACUCCAGAUCCAUCUGUGAACGGACAGAGGGGAAAAUCUUGACAGAUCCCUUCAUUUUGCUGAAAGGAAAGCCGGUGGUCUGAGAGACUGAGAGGUGUUGUGUGCCCUUAUUUGGCUGUCAAAUGCACAGAUACGACAUGUUGACAGAAAGCAGAAAACGCAGACGCAGCUGUGAUGCUGAGGAGGUUCAGGUCUUGCCCCAGGCAAAGAGGUCUGGAGGUUAUUCCUUUCUCCCUGAGGUUGGCCGUGAUGUCUGGGACUCUGAGUCUUCCAGCAGUGACAGCAGUGGCAUCAGCAGUCCGGAUCGAAUGGCAGGAGCCAGUUCCAACAUCCAGAAGACUGACCAAAGAGGGCUCCAUGUAUCCCAGGCUCCCUGCAGCCCCAUCGCCCCCACCAUCUCAGCAGAAGAUCCGGCCGUCUCCUUGAGCCACAACGCCUCAUACGAUCACAUCAACCGUAUCCUAAGGGAGGCCCACUUCAGUAGCCUGCAAACUCGUGGUCAACAAGGGCCGACGUGAUUCACAGUGACUCUUCCAGCACCCAUUGGCGUUAAGGAACAAUGUACAGGGGACCUUUUAGAGGGAAGUUACGGGCCAUUUGAAGGCAUAGCACAAAUAUAGACCCUGUCUUCUUUCUUAUAGCACUUUUUCAUGUUCAUAGUGUUUAUGUGGGGCUCUACUUGAUAUGUUGACCAUGAACUUCACAUAGGUGCUAUAUAAAAGAAAUACCUUGAAAUUUGUCAACUUCUUGCAAGAUCAUGUAAGCUUUUGCCCUUUACUAGACAGUCACACAUGGUGCUACUGCAUUUGUGGAUCAUGUUUUUGCAGACACAUGCAUUUGGCCAAUUUUGACACUCUUUGGCCAGUCUAGUAAAGGAAAAUAAAUCAAAGAAUUUCCUGCAUUCAAAAGCUUAAGUCUGGAAACCAUGUGAUUUUAAUGCAGCCCUGAUUUGGAGUCAUUCCAGGACAGUCAAUAAUGCUGUUGACGUGUUUACAGAAGAUUCCAGUUUGAUUCUGACUGGAAUUUAGACUCUUUCAGGAAGUUUUUGGGGCUUGAUGAUUGCUUACAUAUCCAAAACUCAGGUCUAGAGGAUUUCUCUCUGCGUGCCAUGAAGGUUCAGACUUUAAAUGAGUAACUUGGUGCCAGAUCCUUAGAAUUUUUAUAUCACAUAGUCUCUCUUUACCUUAGAAAAAACAAAUAUUAGCACAUCACACUGUAGAGAGACUAUACUAUAAA